GAACGGGAGGAGGAGAGGCGGGCGGAGCUGCCGCGGGCGCGGGAUGAGCCCCCGCUUCUCCAGGAACCUUUCUGGGCCGCUGCGCGGUGCCGGGCGCAGUGCGGGGCCGCGUCGCUUCCCCCGACCCGGUUUUGAGCGGAAGAACGAACAAGCCAGCCGCGCCCGCUCCGCAGCGGGCAGAGAGCCUCCCGGGGCCUGACCUCCGGUGGCGCUAACGGCUAACGGAGCCGACCUGCAUCUCGAGCCCCGACGGUGGCUGCGCGCGGGGCGGGGCGUUUGCGCGUGACGUCACUGCAUCCUGCCCACUUUACAGUGUCUCUGAGGUGCUCGGCGGCCCGGGUCCGCGGGAGGCCGCGCCAUGAGCGACCGCAGCAGCCGGAGGAGGACGCUGAAGAAGGACGAUGAGGCCUUCGAGAUCUCCAUCCCCUUGGAGGGGACGCCCCACCUGGACCCGCAGCUCUUCUACAGCCUGAGCCCCUCCCGGGGGAGCUUCGAGGAGCCUCCAGAGGCGGCGUCCCCCACCGCGGCCCUGAUGAGCGGCGUCAGGGCCCAGCUGCACAUGGCCCUGGAGAGGAACUCCUGGCUGCAGAAGCGCAUCGAGGACCUGGAGGAGGAGAGGGACUUCCUGCGCUGCCAGCUGGACAAGUUCAUCUCCUCUGCGCGCAUGGACGCAGAGGACCACUGCCGGGUGAAGCCGGGGCCCAGGCGGGCUGAGGGCGAGGCCUCGGACCCGGAGUCGGCCGCCUCCUCGCUCAGCGGAGUGUCCGAGGAAGGCAGCAACCCCGAGAGGCGGCGGCAGAAGCAGAAGGGAGGUGCCGGCCGCAGGCGCUUCGGGAAGCCCAAGGCCCGGGAGAGGCAGCGGGUGAAGGACGCGGACGGCGUCCUCUGCCGCUACAAGAAGAUCCUGGGCACCUUCCAGAAGCUCAAGAGCAUGUCGCGGGCCUUCGAGCACCACCGCGUGGACCGCAACACCGUGGCGCUGACCACGCCCAUCGCCGAGCUGCUCAUCGUGGCGCCCGAGAAGCUGGCCGAGGUGGGCGAGUUCGACCCGUCCAAGGAGCGGCUGCUCGAGUACUCGCGCCGCUGCUUCCUGGCCCUGGACGACGAGACGCUCAAGAAGGUGCAGGCCCUCAAGAAGAGCAAGCUGCUGCUGCCCAUCACCUACCGCUUCAAGCGGUGAUCGGCCCCGGGCCCCCCGACACCCCGCCCCGCCCGUGCAUGGGCGGGGCACCCCUCGCCGGGCCUGGGGUGGGCAGCGUGCUUCUGCGUGUGCCUCCCCCGCCCCCCCUCGCAGACCCCCACUCGCACCCCAGGCCCCUGGUACCGAGCCCUGCCCUCCUUGCUUUCACCAUGCCCAGCAUCCUUCCCCUUCCCAGGCCUGGGGUGUCUCCUCCCUCAGCCGGGCUCACGGGGGCGAUCCUGCUCGUUCCUCCCGCCCUCACCGGGCCCUCCCUCCGGGAAAAGGGCGCGGACACUGUACAGAACUCGGUCUCCGCCCCAGCCCCGACCGAGGACCCGCAUUCCGGGCCACCCCCUAGUCCACACGAGACAGAGAAUUAAUUAUUCAGAGAAUUUAAAUUAAAGAGACGAUAAAAUUUGGAAUAAA